CCUGAGACCCUCCUGCAGCAGUGAUGGCGGCCCUCAGCCCCCCCGCCCCGCUCCUCUGUGUGCUGCUGUGUGUGUCGGUGGCUCUGCAGCGCUCUGACCUGCGCCUGGCCUAUGUGACCCACAACAGCUUCUUCUACUACUCCUGCAGCCAGCUCCCGCAGCCCUGCAGCCUGUCGUCCCUCACAGACUGCAGAUGCAAGGACAUCCAGUCAUACUCCACCCCUGUUCUCGGGGCAAGACGUUUAACAGUUUGGUUCACGUCGCCGCUAAACACGGCACGUCUGCUCAACAACUCUGAGGUGAGGCACCUAACUCUCAUCCACUGUGGAUCCAGAGAGACGCCUUCUUCUUCCCUGGAGGGACAUUUUUCUGUGCAGCACCUGGAGAGACUGACCAUGGUGAACAUAGCGCAGAGGCCUGUUUAUCAAAGUCCAGAUGCAAACAGAUUUAGAACCUCAAACAGUGACCCAGACAGGGAUAAUGGAGCUCACUUUGACUCAAAUAGAUACAACAGGGAGGAAGACACAAACAUGGACGUGGUUGAGGACCUGCAGAGAGAUUCCUUUGAUUUUUCCCCAUCCCAGAUCCAAGACAUCUUCCUGGGCAGGGAGCUGGGAGCAGCGUUUCAUGAACAGGCCCGACUGGGGGUCAUCCACAGCUCCGUGCUGGAGUGGGGGGCGGAGGCCAAAGCCUACACUGUCCAAACUCAUAUAGACAAUGACGGCAUGCUGCCCUUUCAGGACCUCCACCUGCCGAAAUUACCAGAGACCUCUGUCAUAUAUGUCAGCUUUGUGUACUGAUACUGAGUAACUUAGAACAACAGAGGGAAGAGGAUCCAGUGUUCAGGACCUGCAAACAAUCUCUGUCUUGCUCAGCAGGGGUCCUGUUUCACAAACUAUUCUCUUUCUUAAGGAGAAUCUAAAGUAGGAUUUUUCCCAAUUGCUUUUCCCUUGCUUACCAAACAUUCCUGUUAACCAAUGGCCACCAAUCUUUCCUCACAUGGCCCGGCUAAACUACUUUGUAUUUAUCAUUGUCACAUACGAUAACAUACAUUGACAAAUACAAAGAUUGAGCAAAAACAGCAAUGGACACUCAAAUUUGAGAUAGAUAAUUACGUAUAAAGGGAAAGUUUCUUAGUCGUGAUACCGAAAUAAGGAGAGAUUAUUCAAUAUUUUGAUGAAUAAAUAAGGAGGCUCUCGAAAUACAAACUCCCUAAGUUACUCAUAGGGACAUUCACUAAGAACCUGUUUUUUCAACUAAAUUUGCAUUUGCGAAAACUAAAAAAACAAGAAAACUACAUACGAUUUUAUUGUCAAAUAGCUUUAAUUAUAUUUUUCAGCUGUUUCAGCUGUUUAUCAGCAUGAUAGAAGAACAUAUUUUAACUAAUGAGAGACCCUCUGAGGGAGUAGCCAACCCCCUCCAGCUGACGAGUCCUUUUUUUCUAAAUACUGAAAUUAGAUAAUGGUGUAAUCGCUAAUAUGAAAUGAUAGUGGAGAUCUGGUGGCUUUGAGAACGAGUUGAGCAUUUAUUCUCCUCUUGUUUUUCCUCUCCACCAAAAAGAGAAAUGAGAACUUCCAUCAAUAAAUUCAUCCAACAAAACGUCUGAAUUCAGACUGAAUGAAAAGCUGCUGGCUGUUCUUUCUUCGGUUCAGGAAGCCACGUUUAUCAGAUGAGAAAAACAGGAAGGUUUAGUAUUUAAGCCAAAAUGUCAUGAAGAGGGAGGACAUUCCACACAUUUGGACACAGAAUGAAUUCUUCGCAGCUCUGCUUUUUUCAUUUUCUCCAGCUGACACUGACCUCUGGUCCCUGUGUAACAGCACAGAUAUCUCCUCUGGGACAUUGAAGUUUGUUUUGAAAUGUAUGCAGGUUUAAACCACAAGAUGGCAGCAGAUACAUCUCAGUAAAAGAGGAAGAAGCAAACUGAAGUGUUGAGGAAGGACUGAGAUAAUAAAUAUAAAUAUGACAGCAGGAGAUAAAACAUGUUUUUCUUCUUUUUGUUCUUAACUGUUUUAAAAAUCCAGUAAACAUUAAAUUCAACAAAUGUGUCAUGAAGCAUUUCAGCACUUUAAAAGCUUGUGAUGAAUGACAUAGGAUAGAGGUACAUUGUUAAGAGUAAAUGAAGUGUGGCAUGAUAUUUAUUGGUUUGCAAAAGUGAAAUUAACAAUGUUAUCGCUUGCACUUGUUUACAACAAAAACAAAAAUAAAUGAUUAACU